UUUAAUGCAUUUGGUGUUCUUAUUUUGUUUCCCCGCAGUGUAGAAGCUAGUUGUUUGUUGUUAUGAGUCUUAUCGCACGUCGUGUCGCAGAAUCAAUUUGAAGAAUCGAAGAUACUUAUCUUGGAAGUUGAAGCAACUUAGUUUGAAACUCCGAGCGAAUUUAACUUGCAUCCGCUAGUGCCCAUUAUGAGAUUACAUCUAUCGUAUUCACGGUGAUGUAAUAACACUAUCAGGUUCUGCUCUAUCCAAAGAUAUUGUUAAUCGCUAUGGAUCGUCACAAAGAUGAUCGAGCCAAUUACACAGCCUUGGCCGGAGGUCUAACCGGUGUGAUCACGCGCUUCAUUUGUCAACCUUUGGAUGUGCUGAAAAUUCGCCUGCAGCUGCAAGUGGAACCGAUCAGCAAGCGAUCGGAGAUCUCCAAGUAUCGAUCGGUGGCCCAAUCGGUGAGCUGCAUCUACCGUGAAGAGGGUCUGUUUGCAUUUUGGAAAGGACACAAUCCGGCGCAGGUUCUUUCGCUGGUUUACGGAGUGGCACAGUUUUCGUUCUAUGAACGCUUUAAUCUGGUGUUGCGCGAUCUCGAAUUGUUUAAAGGACACGAUCGAGCGAGAAAUUUCGUCUGUGGCGCUUGCAGUGGGUCGUUUGCGGCGCUCACUAUCAUGCCUCUGGAUGUUAUACGGACUCGAGUGAUAUCCCAGGAUCCUGGGAAGGGAUACAGGAACGGAUUUCAAGCAGUUAGCACCAUCUAUCGGGUGGAAGGAGUUAGGGGGUUAUAUAGAGGAUUGGGACCAGCCUUGUUGCAGAUCGCUCCCCUAACCGGAGGACAAUUCAUGUUCUAUAACAUGUUCGGCACGCUUGUGAAGCAGAUUGAGCAUCUUCCUGAAAAUGCGAGUCUACCACCAACUGAGCUGUUCAUUUGCGGAGGAUUCGCUGGCCUUUGCACAAAACUAUUGGUGUACCCACUGGACUUGAUUAAGAAGCGGCUGCAGAUACAAGGAUUUUCCCAGAAUCGCCAGACAUUCGGGAAGCAUUUCGUGGCCAACCAUAUGCUGCAGUGCCUUUACCAGGUGUGUCGCGACGAAGGUCUCCGAGGGCUGUACAAGGGACUGAACCCAUCGUUGCUGAAAGCUGCCUUCACGACUGCAUUUUACUUUGCCAUUUACGAUCGACUGCUGCUGGCGUUCAACAAAGGUUUCCGAAGGUCCGACUAGAUAAGACAGGUAUUGCCGUUGAUAUUAACGAAUCGAUCACACUGCUGCUGAAUACGCUUUCUAGUAAAUGCCAUUGAUUUUAUAUUUAAUACAACUGUGCCUAGGAUAAGUCACUUACUCAGGGUAUUCGAAGAACGCGCAAGAAAAUAUAUAUGAGACACCCACAUACCGCUAA